CAGCUCAAAACCACAGAACAAAAGACAACCUCGUGGCCCAAAGUAUGUUUUGAUUGUUGGUGGGAAAGUGGAGCCCUAUUGGUUCACAAUGAUCUCGUUAACGGAAUACUACAAGAUAUGGGCGUGUUCGUUAAGGAUAAGGAACUGUUCCGUGUGACUUCUUCUUCCCUUAGUGCUUCAGUUGAAAACACGAACGUAGAGAGAUACUGGCUCCAGCGUUGUGAAGAAGUUGUGAACUAUGAAGACGUGGAAAAUCGUGCCUUUUCUCCUUGCUGCCAUGGUGAUUUCACAUGUGACAUCUGGCAGCGAUAUACAAUCUCCCGAGGAACAGCUGAUAACGAAUCUCUUAGCGGGGUACAACACCGACCGCCGGCCCGUUAGAAACGUGUCGGACGCCGUGAACGUCACCAUCGACAUCGCGGUGGCGGAAUAUCUACACAUGGACGACAGGAAUCAUAUGCUUACAGCCAACCUUUGGAUGAGACUGUUUUGGACGGACCCAUUUUUAACGUGGGAUCCAUCGGAAUACAACGGAUUGGACUUACUUCGAAUCCAGGGCAGUAAAAUCUGGAGUCCGGACAUCUUGUUGUAUAACAGUGUGUUUGACGAGGGAUUUGUGGAGAAUCCGGACUUCAAGGCGACGAUCCGGCCCGACGGUUCGGUGGCCUUUCUGUACCCCUUCACGUACAAGGCCGCCUGCCGGGUCAACAUCGUGUACUUCCCCGAAGAUAUCCAAGUCUGUCCGCUCAAAUUCGGCUCCUGGUCGUACGACGGACUUAAAAUGGACCUCGUGAAUCGAUUCCCAAAAGGAGAUAUCGCCAACCUGGGUUCUAUGGAAGAAUGGAAAGUCACCGACCUGGUAGCAGAGCGACACGUUCACUACUACAACUGCUGUCCCGAACCCUUUCCUGACGUCACCUUCACCCUGGUGAUGAAGAGGAGGCCGCUCUACUAUCAGUACUACAUCUUUGUGCCUGCCUGUGUUUUAAUGCUCAUCAGUUUGCUGGGUUUCCUGACGCCGCCCGAGUCCGGAGAGAGAAUGACGAUGGUUCUGACGGCGCUACUGGCCAACACAGUCAACAUGGAGGUGGUGGCAGGGCAGCUGCCGAAAACAUCAUCUUACGUGCCCAUUAUAGGGAAGUACUUCGGCGCAGUUCUGUUCGUCAACGCCUUGGCGAUCGCCAUGAAUGUGGUCAUCCUGAGCCUGCACUUCGGCAGUUUCCGUGCGCAGCCUCCCCCGGCCGGGCUCAAGACGUUCCUCCGGCUGGACGCGCCGUCCAAGUGGGCCGACUGGUUCUUCUGGAGAUGCUUCCGACGCCGCAGCAUCAGCUUUCCUCCGGACGCCUCUGGGGUCACCUUGAACUCCUGCAUCUGGAAGAACCUGGAGUCGGCGCUGUCCGGCAGAACCAGUAGGAUGAAAAGGCCCUACAGCACUUCUGCUAUGGAGACGACUCAUCUCACCAAGUCUUACAACAACAACAACAACAACAACUCCAUGGACCCGGUUCUCCUAGCCAAGAUGGACGUCAUCGUGAAUAACCUGAGAGCCGCCAGAAUGAGCCGGGAAGAGAAGAGGAAGAUUGAUGAAGCCUUGUAUGAGUGGAGGGAGGUGGCUUCGCGUAUUGACAGGAUUUUUUUCGCUAUUUUCACCGUGAUAAUGGUCGUGGUAAAUGUAGUGGUGUUCGGGAUGAUCUAGAGUGAUGAGACACUGUGUACAGCUAAGCAUGAAAGUUCAUCUGUCUUGGUAAAUGACAUAAACUAAACUUUAACUAAACCAACAUUAAAUUAAUUGGGACUUACACCAAAUUUUCGGCCGACUCCGUCAGCCUUGUUCCA